AUGUCUAUUCGUUUUCUAUGUUUAGCAAGUCAAAAAAGCCUAUUUGUUGGCAAUAAUCUGGAAUCGAUGCCAAUUAAAUUAUAUGUGCAACCCAAACAGCGAUUAAGAAAGAUAUUGGAAAUUGAAAGACCUUCGAGCAUUUUCAAGGUUUUGCAGAACAAUUUCCUUUUAAGAUUCAUUUUCUAUGACAGGAAUUCAUUCAUUUUUAAGUUAAUUCUACUUCUACAACUACUACUGUCUUUGUAUGCAAGUGUUAUUUAG